GGGGUCGCCACCCUCUCCCUAACCUUCCUCUGCCUACGGGCAUUUUAGUAGGUUCGACUCUUGGGUCGUUGACCUACGCCCACAGUAGCCUCCUGGCCCAGCCGCCCCCUUCGGGCGGCGGCGUGACACUGCGGUUCCCAGCCGGGGUCUGCGCGUUCACUUCCGCGGCCCCGCCGGCGGGCGCAGGCUCCUUCGGCGCGCCCGGCGCCAUGAGCGUCUACGCCGCUGCGGCCGCCGCCCACCGCGGCUCGCAGGGGCGCGGCCGCGCGGCCGAGGGGCCGCCCCGGCAGGGCGGGCUGGCCCAGGAGAUCCUGGGCGCGGCGGGGGUCGAGCAGGUGCUCGGGCUCUUCGACGAGCGGCGCGCAGAGCUGGGCGUGGUCGACCUGGCCCUCGUGUCGCAGCGCGUCGCCAAGCUGGGAGGCCCCAGGGCCGCACAGGCCGACCCGCGCUUCUAGGCGCUGCUGGCAGACCUGGGCUCCCGCUGCGCCGAGUUCUUGCCGCACGCCCUGACGACCACGUGGUGGUCUGUCGCCAAGCUCCUGGUGCGGGACGGCCCUCUCCUGGACGCCAUAUCCGCUGCAUCCCAGCAGAGGCUCCCAGACUUCGACGCACGGCGCUUGGCGAGGCUGGUGUGGGCCGUGGCGCGCCUCGAGUACCAUGCCGUUCCGCUGCUGGAGGUCAUAGCCGCAAAGACCCGUGCGGAGAUCCGCGAGUUCGAGGGCCAGGACCUGGCCAUCAUGGCCUGGUCGUGGGCCAAGCUUGCGUUCCGGGACGGGCAGUUGCUGCAUGGCAUCUCGACCGCAGCUCUGCCAGUGAUGGGAGAGUUCAACACGCAGAACCUGGCGAACAUGGCGUGGGCUUCGGCCUCCCUGCGGGUCUUCGACCAAACCCUUCUGGCUGCAAUCGCGUUCGAGGCCAUGGGCAAGAUCUCGCAGUUUAUCCCACAGGAGCUGUCCAGCACCGCCUGGGCGGUGGCGAAGCUGCCACAUCGUAACCAGCCGUUUUUUGCCAGGAUCGCUGGACAGGCCAUCGCACACCUGCGCGCGGGAGCGCCGCAGUGCGAUCCGACAUUCCUUGCCAAUAUGGCUUGGGCGGUAGCAGCAUUCCGGUUCGAAGACGAGCCGCUCUUGCUUAAGAUAUCAUCAGUGGCAGUCUUGCGCAUGACGGAGUGCCGCACCCAGGAGGUCUCCAACCUCGUGUGGGCUUUUGCGACGAUGCCGUGCCAUGACACCCCUCUGCUCGAGGCUGUAUCGGCGACUGCGAGGGCGCGAAUCCGCGAGUUCGAGACGCAGCACGUCACGAUUACUGCGUGGGCGUUUGCACGCAUGGCGGCGCAGGACUGGCCGCUGCCGCACGCACUCGCUGCCGUUGCACUCGAGAGGGUCGAGGAGAUGGACGUGCAGGGGAUUGCCAACACCGCAUGGUCAUUAGCCAGUCUGCUCAUCUAUGACAGGCCGCUGCUGACUGCAAUCGCUGCAGCGGCUGCGCGGAGGAUCUCGGAGUUCACCUCACAGGAACUCGGCAACACCGCCUGGGCUUUCGCCAGGUGCCAGCUCUUGGACGCCUCGCUGCUGGAGGCGCUAUCCGCUGAGGCCAUCACGCGUCUCGGCGAAUUCAACGCCCAGGAGCUCUCCAACACUUCGUUUGCGUUCGCCACUCUGGGCGUGCCAGACGAGCCUUUGAUGCGGGCGAUCGCCGUUGCAUUCAUCCAGCGUGUGCGCAACGGCACUGCAGACAACCAAGCGCUGUCCAACGUUGCAUGGGCGUUUGCGAAGCUGGAGUGCGCGGACGCCGAGCUGUUUGAAGUUGUGUCGGGGCUUGCGGUCAGUCGUAUCGGGCAGUUCGUACCCCAGGGCCUUUCCAACCUCGCCUGGGCGUUGGCACGCAGUGCCAGUCAUGAUCUGCCGCUGCUUGCCGCCAUCGCUGCCGAGUCCACAGCCAAGCUUCACUCGUUGAACUCGCAGGACCUGUCGAAUACCUUGUGGGCAAUGGCCAAGCUCGUUCUGAUGAACGCCCAGCUGUUUCACGGUAUUGCCGCGGCUUCCAUGGAGAAGAUGGGCGAGUUCAACGCGCAGAGUCUUGCGAACACCUCGUGGUCAUUGGCAAUAUUUGAGUUGCUGGACCAGCCGUUUCUUGCGGCGCUAGCUUCGGCGGCGAUGGAGAGGAUCGUCGAUUUCAAUGUUCAGGCGCUUUCCAACACUGCUUGGGCGUUCGCCAAGCUGGACUUCUUGCACUGCCCGCUGCUGGCCCUGAUCUCGGCACAAGCGCUGCCAACCAUGCCUUCCUUCGACGCCCAGGCUCUGUCGAAUACCUUAUGGUCUUUUGCUCGGCUGGAAGUGUGGAACGAGGACCUCUGUGCGGCUAUCUCGGAGGCUUCCCUGGCCCUAAUUAGUGAAUUGACGACGCAGGAGCUAUCCAACAUUGCGUGGGCGUUGGCAAAGCUGUGGAGCUAUGACGUCCCGCUGCUGGAGGCAGUAUCGUCGCAGUCGCUCUGUCGGAUCCGCGAACUAAACCCUCAGGAGCUGUCGAUGUUGGCGUGGUCCUGCGCGACGCUCCAAUUCCGACAGCGCCCCCUCAUGGAGGCGAUCGCGGCCGCUGCGUGCGCGCGGCUGCGCGACUUCGGCGCGUUGGAGAUGUCGAACAGCGCGUGGGCAUUUGCCAGGCUGCAGCUCCGCGACGAGCCCCUGAUGGCCGGCAUCGCGGAGCUGUCCCCCCCCCCGUAACUCCCGCCCUGCGGCCGCCGCCCGCCGAGCCCACGGCGCCCACCGUGCUGACCGCGGCUGCCGAAGAACGCCACCCAGGGCGCCGUCCCGAGCGGCGUCUACUCCCUCGCCUGGUCGUCCUGGAGGGCUGGGGAGGGCGAGCUCCUGCGGUCGCUGCUGUCGCGGGAGGCCGCGGCGUGGGAGCCGCUGGCCCAGGGGCUGCGUCUCAUGGAAAGCGAGUGGGGCAAGGCCUUUGGGCCGCCGAACGUCGGGCGCGCCAGGCGCGAGUUCGGUGAAGAGAAGCCGUGAGUUCAGCGCGACCCCGAUUUGGAGCUUCUUGUUCGCAGGGAAGCAGUCCGAGGCGGAGAUCGUUCGUAUCCAUCGCCUUGGAAACCGAUCGUACUGGACCUCGGGAGGCGGUGGACAUGCAUAUAUCUAUA